GAUGACAACAAUCGGCUAAGCUCAUAUCGGUUCGGCGGAGAAAAUCAGCGAUCCCCGUCUGCUGCUCAUGGAGAACAGAUUCUCCGAUCCCGGCGAGCGCGUGAAGCUCAACGUCGGUGGCCAGAUCUUCGAGACCACUGCAUCGACGAUCCGAUCUCAGUGCUCGGAUUCUCUCCUCGCUGCUCUCUUGUCCCGAAUCGGCCAUGGCUCGAGCCCCGUGUUCAUAGACCGUGACCCGGAGAUUUUCUCCGUCGUCCUCUCUCUCCUCCGUACGGGAAAGCUUCCCGCCGCCUACGCCACCGCCUUCUCCAAGCAAGAGCUCCUCGACGAAGCCCUUUACUACGGCGUCGAGUCCCGUCUACGGUCGGCGAUGUCGCCCCCGACGCUGCUAGGUAUCGAUGCUUCCCUCGCCGCCACCGUAACGCCGGCCGUUGAAGGAGUCCCGUCCGCUUUCACCGCUGCUGCCAGCGAUACCUCUUUGUGGAUCGCUCACGGCGGCAAUAUCUCGGUCUACGACUGGAACCUAUCCCACACUGGAACUGUCCGUACGCAUCUGGACGAUAUCACUUCGAUCUGCCGCGUCUGGCCCGAGACGGCGGCCGUUGGAUCUGGAACAGUCGCGGGGCUUCACUUCUAUGACCUCUCGGGAGGCCGAUGCGUCGGAUCUACGCACUGGACGGAUUCGGAUGAUCCGAGGAUAUACAAGGCUCACGUUGCGGCCAUCGCCCAGACGGACUCAGGGGUGUUUGCUUCCUUCGAUUGCCGUCACAGAGAGAACGGCGUGCUCCAGAUCGACAAAUCCACGCUUGGGGUCUCCACCGUCAUCGGCCGGCAAAACGGUAGCUCCGCGAAGUUCUCCGUGCCGGAGAAACUGUGGUGGCUACCAGAGAGAGGUCUUCUUGUCGGAUCCGCCGUUCAACGCGGUGCCUUCGGGUGCUCCGGCUACAUCCGGAUCUGGGACCCGAGGUCCGGGGGCGUGUUCUGGGAGACGAGCGAGCCAGGCACCGGACGAAGCAGCAAGCUCGGAGAUUCCUUAGCUGACGUGGACAUCGACGUAGACGACUCGCUCAUCUUCAAGGUAUGUUUCAGGUCAGGAGACCUCGGGAUGGCAGACCUUCGUAAAUUAGGGGAAGAUCCAUGGGUAUAUAUGUCAGACGAUAAUCCCGGCGCGUGGAAAGCUCGCGACGGCGGAUACAGCAUCGUACAUUGUUACAGGAAGCAGGUGUUCGUUGGCAGAGGUGGAGAGUUAGAGGUUUGGUCGAGGAUACAUGAGAAAAGAGACGCUGAUCCAAUGCGCAGUGAGAGUUACAGAAGAAACUUCGUGGACAAGGAAGAGGAUUCAAAGAGAGGGGUGAUAGCCAAAAUCGAAGGCGGUGGUGAUAGGUUGUUUGUUUCCCGAGAAAAUGUGGAGGGGAUUGAAGUCUGGGAAAGUUCUAGUUGCUCAGGCGUUGUUUCAGCUGAUUAAAGUUUAGUUUUUUUUUAGAAUUUGAGUGGGGGACGAGCUGCUUGUUUCCGAUGGAACCAUGGAGGGAGGUGAGGUGCGUGGAAGCUCUUUCAACUGCUGCUAGUGGUGUUCAUGGAGUGUUUGUUUCCCGGGAAAACAUACUGGGAAUCAGAAUGUGGAAAGACGUUAAUAUCUACCAGACGUACAUGGACCUCUUCUUUUACUAGUCUGAAGGCGUACGUGGAUUCACUGUCCGGGGAACAAGUUGUUUGUUUGUCAGGAAAGAUGUUGAAUGAUAUGUUGGAAAAAUGUCUGAAGUGUGAACUAGCUGUUGGGUUCUGGAGAAAAUCUCCCCAUCUUUUUGGGCAAUCCUCUACUGAGAUCAUGAACCCCUUUUGAAGAUUGCUUCAUGUUUUAAUGUCCUGAACCACCGGUUGGUCUGGUUAAGUUCAACACCGGAAGAUAUGGGGCUGAUUGAGAUUGGUGAAUGACCGCAACUCAGAAGUCCUUCAGGUGGAAGUGAUCUCUAUUGCAGUAAUGCCAUGGAUGGCUUCAAGGACCCAACAAAGGUGUAAGCGUAACAUUCCCUUUUUGGCUUGCCUGGAUCCCUCCGACGAUGAUUCUGACCGCUCCCACCCGAAAGGUGCAGACGGCUCGUGUCGUGCCAGAGCGUAGGCCCAGUUUAGAGAAAAUAUCGUAUAAAUACACACCAAUUUUGUUAUCAAUUUCUUGUAAAGUUUAUGGAUUUAAUUAUGAAUCUAGCAAAAUCUUUGCUAUCCUGUAUUGAGAAUGUGAUUUUCUGAUUCAUAUUAUUACAGGAAUUUGAUCUC